AUGAGCAACACUGUCCGGAGUGUUUGGAAUGCAAAGGCAAAAGCUUUAAAAAAUGCAGUCUGGAAUACUACAAAAAGAAAAUGUGAGCGCCCCACUCAGGCUGCAGAAGAGCCAGCCAAGAGAGCACCUGCAAAAAAGAAGAAUCACACAUCUUCCACCGGGCACGGGAUGAAGAUUCCAGAAGAUAAAACAUCCAAAUGGUCAGUCAUUGGUGAGGGACAUAUAGAAGGCAAAGUUAGCAAUGUGAGGGGUAGUACUAAGAAGCGCCAACUCAGAGUACCAGCAGUGCCCGAAUUGCAUGCAAAAUCCAGUGAUGUCGAUGUCCAGCCUGAGGAAGAAUUCAACAUGCCUUCCAUCGACAAUGAAUUUUUUGCAGAUAAGCCCAAGGAUGCCUCCGAUUUUCAACUAAGUGGUGAUGAGGCAGAUGCUGGCACUGAUGCAGACCUGGAGCCAAUUGAAGAUGAGUCAGAUAACUGUAUUGUAAAGUCGUUGUCAGCUGAGACACCCAUCUGGGCAGAUGAUAGUCCAUCAGAAGAGGACCGUCAUGGUGGACUAACCUCAGAUGAACACUGCAACUCUUCAAAGGGCAACUUUGUAGAUUACAAUGCUCAGGCUAACCACGUUCAUGAUCAUGAUCGCACUACUGGAGGACCCAAACUUGUGCGGACUGAUACUGGAAAGAUCAAGUUAAUGGACCAAAACAUCGACACCUGUUGUGUGGUCCAAAGAGCAAUAUUAGAGGCCAAGUGUCCCUCCCAUCUUAAAACUGACAACUCAUAUUGUAUGGCUCUUGCAACUCUGGUUAAGGCUCGAGUGCUGCUUUUUCGCAGCAAAUUAAAGGACGAUGCUUGCGCACACAUCACUGCAUAUUAUUGUCUUGGUCCUGAUUGUGUCGAUGCUGCUAAAAAAAAUUUGCUUGUGAACCAUGUUUAUCAUUACACUCAACAUUUCAAUGUGUAUGCUGUGCUAUUCUGGAAGUCCAGUGGAUCUCCAUCCAAGUUCAGCGAGGUCUACUUGUUCCAGGUGAAAUUUCUUGAGAAAUUGAGGCAGGAUGUGCCAGGCAAGUUUCACAGGGUGAUGGCUGAUACUUUCGAGGCUAUCUGUGAUGUAGGUUCACACAAUGAUGUGAUGGCUAUUCUCAAUCUUGCCGGCAUGGACAAUGACUCUGAGUAG